AUGAACAAAGCGAGUAUAGCCAGCAUCCUUAACACAGACACUCCUUGUACAUACGUGCCUUCGUCGAUGAAACCUGCAGUUAGUGCUAACUCAACGGAGACUCUGACUCCUUUCUCAUCUUCAACGUUGGCUGCGAUAACUAACGCAGACUCUGGUUUUCUCGAUAACACAAGAUCUCCGUUUAUCACUCCACUCAAAACACACGAACAAUACUCUCAAGAGCAAACUCAUGUGUUUUCGCACAAUAAUUUUUCACUAUCUAAUAAUUUGGUCUUACCAAGACCUCCCCUGUCGAGUGAUCGACAAAACCCUAUGCAAUCUCGAGCUGAUGGAGAUGAAAUUCGAGUGCCGGCUAAUUUUCACUCGACAUUUCAUACGAAUUUUCCUAUUCACACCGGAGCAGCUACCAAUAUUGUCCAAAGUAUACCAAGGAUUCAGUUGGUCCCAAAUGAGGAUGUCGGGAUUUAUAAGAACUUAAAUGCUAUCGUUUUGAAUCGAGAUCUCUUGGAUACUAUGGGAAGGCAAACCGAUGCGACUGCGAAUGCGUACAUGAAAGUACCCGACACCUUACGGCAAGUAUUCGAUUUCAAAAACACGAUAGUCUCCACCGAUCCAAAUAAUCCUUUGGUCGAACAGAAUAAAGCUGUUCGCAAAAAACGCUUUCGUCGAACCAAGCAGCAAAUGUUAGAGGAUGCCAUGAAAGCAAAGGAAAAAGGUGAAAACGAUGUCAAAGUUUCUUCUCCCCUCUCUGCUCCUCCGAAACGUGGUAGGAAGAGAGCAAGAAAUCUAAAUUUUCAGAGACCACAAGAUAGACUCAAGAGACCAAGGAAUGGAUAUAUGAUCUUCAUGAAUGAGGUCUAUGAGGAGACCAAAUUAAAAAAUCCAAACCUAAAAUUCGGUGAAAUCUCGGCGGCAAUUGGUGAGAGAUGGAAAAAUAUGUCAAAGGAGGAACAGAUGCCAUACCAUCACAAACAUGAACAAGAGAAGUUGAUGUAUGAGAACGCCAAACAAGCAAUGUCUAAAGGUGCCAUCUGUUUUGUGGAAGAGAAUAUCCCAUCAUCAUCGCCAUCGUCGGAACAAAAAGCUACGAAUAAAACUUUUGAAAACGACCCAUCUGCUUCAUCCACAUCUAUCUUGAUACCUUCGCAAUUACUCACGCCCAAAUCGCCAGCUGCAAAACUACCAACACUCAAAUUAACUCCAACUUCUGUGUCAACGUCCUCGAAUGACAUGAUCAUAGGAGGUAGAGCUAAAUUAUCCCAACACGCACCAUUCAUGCAAUCACCAUCUGCCUCUGAGAAUAUAAUCAAGGCUACGGCCUCUGCGCGCGGAUUGCCGCCUGCCACUUUGUUGGUAACUCCGCUGACCACUCCCUGCGAGACAGAUGAAAUCCAAAAGUCGACUUCGAUUGAAGAAUUAUUUGAAGGGGUACAAUCAAAAACUGUAGUCAACACUGCUGAAAAAUCCAAAUCUUCCAAUCUAGAUAAAGGUGUUGCUGAUGGAGACAAUUUACCUUCAAAUUUAUCACCCAAUUCUAAUGAACAAAUAAUGUUUAUUGAAGGUGAUCAGAAAAAUGAGAAGAUUCAGAAGGAUCAAGAUAUAAGUAAAAUUGUUAGUGGUGGACUGAAGACAGAGGGUUUGGUAUUGGUGGAUGAUUAUGAGGAUGGAGGAGAUGAUUUAGAAGGUAUGGGAGUUGAAGAAAUUACUCAGUCACUAUCUCCAACCUAUGGCACACCACAGCUAAAAGUUGAGAAGCGAAAAGGUAGGGGGGGGAAGGAGGAAAAAGUUUGGGAAGAAAAGGUUAAGCUAGAUCAAGAAAGGCAAAAGAAAAAAUCGGAGAUUAAUAUUGAUCUAUUGAUGAAAGAAUCGGUAACGUAUGGUAGCAGAACAUCAGGGCGAAAUAAUUCUACCAAGAAGGUCACAAGAUCUUUGCUAAAAGGUAAACAGAUUCUAAAUAAAGACAUUAACCGAGACUUUACGCCACGACGUGAAGGCUUAAGGUCAGCAAGACGCUCAUCGAUUAACAACACUAAACUCACAAGGUCGCGCAAUCGGUCGUCACCGUCAAAGUCCGUCGACGACAUCGCAAGUUCUUCAAAAUCAUCGCCGAAUAUUUUGAAGGAUGACGAUAGCCAUGAUAUGAUCGAGGUUGACUCUGAUAACACCAGUGAUUACGAUAGCGAUACAAGCAAUGACACAAGAAAUAAAUGGCAUUUUCCAAUUGUCGGAACAAAAACAUCUCCGGGACUGACUCCCUAUAGAAAGCGUAAGGUUAACUCUAUUGAUGAAGAUAUUAACGAGUCUAAUGCUACUAAUAAACAUGGUAGAAGUGUUGGGAAUCGUGGGGGAAGAAGAGGACAGAGAACCACUCGAAAUGCGAAUAAUUCAGAGGAUGUAUCUGUGAAAAAGGUAUACAAAAGAAGAAAGGUAUACUGA